UGCACUCCUUCCGGGUAACACGGAGACAAGCACCCCAGCGACGAACCUACGGCCACUAAGGGUUGAAUAACUUUGGACAUGUCUGGAAGAGGCAAAACUGGAGGAAAGGCCCGCGCUAAGGCCAAGACCAGGAGUUCCCGGGCUGGACUGCAGUUCCCUGUCGGUCGUGUUCAUCGUCUGCUUAGGAAGGGGAAUUAUGCUGAACGUGUUGGCGCCGGUGCUCCCGUCUACCUUGCUGCUGUCCUCGAAUACCUGACUGCUGAGAUCCUCGAGUUGGCUGGAAACGCUGCCAGAGACAACAAGAAAACCCGUAUCAUCCCCCGUCAUUUGCAGCUGGCUGUUAGAAACGACGAGGAGUUGAACAAGUUGCUCGGCGGCGUGACCAUCGCACAGGGCGGUGUGCUCCCCAACAUUCAAGCCGUGCUGCUUCCCAAGAAAACUGGACAGGCUGCCCCAAGCUCAGGGAAGGCUGGCAAGAAGGGUGCUUCUCAGUCUCAAGAAUAUUAGACAGCGUGGCCUGACUCUGGACUCUGAAUCCUUAAAGGCCUGCUUAGUGCCUGAUCAUGUUUCUCUGUUUCUUGUUGCUUUUGUGUUUGUGAUGGCGCUUUUAUAUUCUGUGAACAUUAAACACGCGAGGUUUUUUUUAAA